ACAGCAGGAAGGAAGAGAUGGCAGCGGGAGAGACGCAGCUCUACGCCAAGAUCAGCAACAAGCUCAAGGGGCGCAGCACCCCCUCGCUGCUGGACCCGCUCCUGGCCCUGGGCUUCCCUGCACACACUGCGCUGAAGGCGCUGGCAGCCACUGGGAGAAGGACUGUGGAAGAGGCAUCCACCUGGCUGCACAGCCACUGCAAUGACCCGACCCUGGACGACCCCAUCCCCCAGGAGUACGGCCUCUUCCUCUGUCCCACGGGGCCGCUGCUUGAGAGGCUGGAGGAGUUCUGGAGGGAGAGCAAGCGCCAGUGCGCCAGGAACAGAGCCCACGAGGUCUUCCCGCACGUGACGCUCUGUGAGUUCUUCCCGUGCGAAGACCAGAAGGUGGAGCGCCUGUACGAGGCUCUGAAGAGGGCAGGGGACAGGGUCCUGGUGUCCUUCCCGGCUGCCAUCCCCCUGGUGCUCCACUCCUCUGCCAGCUACCUCGGCUUCUUCAUCGGCGACAGCCCCGCAGACGUCCUCCGGGAAUUCGCCAUGGUGUUCUCCACAGAGGCCGCAGUCUUGGCAGACUGCACUGUGAAGCCGUGCACCAAGCAGCUGCACCUGACCCUGGCCCACAAGUUCUACCCCCACCACCAGAGGACGCUGGAGCAGCUGGCCAGAGCCGUCCACCCCAGCCAGCCCUGCCAGUGGAUGGCGGCCCUGUUCUCCCGAGACAUGCGCUUUGUGCACUACCAGACCCUGCGGGCCCUGUUCCAGUACAAGCCGCAGAACAUGGACGAGCUGAUGCUCAGCCCCGGAGACUACAUCUUCGUGGACCCCACCCAGCAGGAGGAAGCCAGCGAGGGCUGGGUCAUCGGGACCUCGCAGCGCACGGGCUGCCGGGGCUUCCUGCCCGAGAACUACACGGAGCGCGCCAGCGAGGCAGACACCUGGACCAAGCACAGGACAUACACCUUCAGCCUGGCCAUGGACCUGAACUCCAGGAAGGACGGCGAAGCCAGUGGCCAGCGGAACGGAGAAUUUCACGCUCCAACAUCGAGGAGUGUUAGCAGCAUCCAGGCCUCGCAGGCCAGGGUCGCGAUGGCGAGGAGGAGCGUGCUGGUGGUGCGCCACGGGGAGCGAGUGGACCGGGUGUUCGGGAAGAGCUGGCUGCAGCAGUGCUCCACGCUGGACGGGAAAUACUACAGGCCAGAUCUGAACUUUCCCCGCUGUCUGCCCAGCCGGAGCGGCGGACUCAAGGAUUUUGAGCACGACCCGCCCUUAUCGUCCUGUGGAACUUUCCAGGCCAGACUCGCAGGGGACUCGCUCCUGGACAGUGGCAUCAGGAUCAUGGCCGUCUUCUCCUCACCGGCCCUCGGCUGUGUGCAGACGGCCAAGCACAUCCUGGAAGAACUCAAACUGGAGAAGACAAUGAAGAUAAGAAUAGAACCCGGGACCUUCGAGUGGACCCAAUGGGAAGCCAGCGAAGCCAGCCCGAGCUUCAUGACCUUGGCAGAGCUGAGAGAGGCCGGAUUCAAUGUGGACCCUGGCUACAGAUCCCCGCCCUGGGCAUGUGCUUCUGUGAAGAAAACAGAGAGGAAGGGAAGUGGGAGUUGGCCAGCCCACCCGCGAGGACUCUUACACAUGGGGCCAAUGCGGCAUUCAGCUGGAGGAACUGGAUCCCGGAGAGCUGAGCCCGUCCCAGGAGGGGCUGACGUUCCUGCCUCGGCUGUGGACCCAGCUGCGCCGUGGGGACACAGAACAGGCGGCAGGGCAGGCGUCACACGGAGACGGCGACGUGGGUACUGAGACCUGCGACAAGAGGCCCAGCCGCGGCCUGGAGGGAGAUGAGGACCCAGGAGCCUGGCUUUCAGGAGCGGACGCCCCGUGGACGCACACGCGAGAAGCGUCUGUCCACCUCCGGGUGCUGACUGUCGAGGCCCCAGUCGUUUGUCCCUCUUCUGUUUCAGUCAACACCGAGUUGGGAGGCACUGUACGCCACUGCUGGUCAGAACCCAGAGCCACGGCAUCACUGCUCCUGCAACCCGGUCACCAGCCACAGAGGACUCGCGCACUCUCGGAGGCCAGGAGCCCUAGGGCGGGGGCAGGUGGUGGCCCCACCCAGGAUCUGGCCAGAGCCCUUUCCUGGCUGCUCCUAACGUUGCAAGGCGCCUGCAAUUGCUGGCUCGCAGCCCCUGCACCAUCCAGGCCAGCAGCACAGCGACCUCCGCCCUCUGGAUUCCUCUCCCGCUGUCCUCUCACAUCGCCUCCAGCCUCCCUCGCCCAAGGACCCUCGUGGUGACAGAAAUCCAGGGUCCUCACUCAUCUCUAGUUCCUUAAUGCCACGUGAAGGUCCCUUUCAUGUGGUGGCACAUGCACCUGUCAUCCCAGCACCCUGGGACGUUGAAGCAGGAGGAUCACAAGUUUGAGCAUUUC